GGUUCGGUUGUUUCAACUCUAGAGCCUCUGCACUUUGUAACCCCUUCGAUCAGUGACCGUUCCACACUAAAUACCCGAUGAUCGUGGCGAGUGUUUGUUGUUGGGGACCCACCCAUAAUACUGCCGAUCGACGAUGAUCCGUAACGGCUAGUGGCCACGACGAAAAGCGAAAGUUUGUACGCAAGAAAAGCCGACAGAGGCGCGAGUGUGAUUACGGCGUGGAAUAUUAUGUGGCCGCCCAAUGUGUAGCCCGUUCUCGAUAGAGAAGAAGAGUUCGUAGGCACGGCCCUAAUCCACGGCGGGUGUUCCGAGUGCAGCCCGAAUCGGGGGAGAAAAUAAAACCAGUUUCGGACGACGUUCUGCGUGCCAACAGCCAACGGCAAGCCUGUCCGGGGUUGCCUAGAAAAGGAAAAACAAAUAAACGCCGAAUCUAAAAUGGACAUAUCGUCACCGUAGCGAACCAGCCAGGCGGAACCGCGUCAGGCAACUGUUACUUAACCCCCGGUCGAAGAAGUGUUUGCAAGUGAAAGAUCCGUGAGCUACUGUUGAGCGAUCCGACCGACCGACCGCCGGGGAAGUGAAUCCGUGAGCCGUGAGAUGAGCCGGGCCACAUAAGCGAAAGUGGCUGUGUUUAUACCGAGCGCCAAAUUGCACUGCGAUCCGUCUGCGAUUGCGUGCCGACCCGCAUAAGGCCCUACGUACCACCGAUCGAUCAGCUGGCGCAAUCGAACAAGAUGCAACUUCCGGUCGCCACGGUUGGAUUGGUUUCCAUUUUGUUCCUCGCGGUGAACCCGCGCAUCGGGGCAGCAGCGCAGAAAAAGGAGACCAACAACGUGUUCAAUACGACCUCGUGCCUCGAGAAACCGUACCGGUGUCCUCACCCGAGGAUCAAGUUCUAUCUCUAUACGCGCCGAACGCAACAGAACCCCGAGCUGAUUGACGUCCUGGACCCGGAAUCGCUCUACUACACGCACUGGAACCCGACACACCCGGUGAAGAUCGUCAUCCACGGGUUCGGCGGUGGACGCAAUCUGUCGCCGAGCCCGGACAUGCGCAAGGCGUACUUUACGCGCGGCAACUACAACAUCAUCAUCGUGGACUACGGAACGGCCGUGACCGAGCCGUGCCUCAGUCAGAUCGAGUGGGCCCCACGGUUCGGCAGUCUCUGCGUAUCGCAACUCGUUCGGUACAUUGCGCAGCAUCCACGUGGAGUUCCACCCGACGAUCUGCACCUGAUCGGGUACAGUGUCGGAGCGCACAUUGCCGGGCUGGUAGCGAACUAUCUGGGGCCGGGUGAAGGAAAACUGGGCCGUAUCACCGGCCUCGAUCCGACCAUCUUCUUCUACGGGGGCUCCAAUAACUCCCGCGAUCUCGAUCCUUCCGAUGCGCACUUUGUGGACAUAAUCCACACGGGUGCCGGCAUCCUGGGCCAGUGGAAUCCGGGUGGUCACGCCGACUUCUACGUUAACGGAGGCACCAGUCAGCCCGGAUGCGCUAGUUCGACCAUUUUUCAGACCCUCGCCUGCGAUCACACGAAGGUGACACCGUACUUCAUCGAGUCCAUCAACAGUGAGCGCGGGUUUUGGGCGGGACCUUGUCCAACGCUCAUCUCGUACCUUCUCGGCUGGUGUGAACCGAAGGAUUCCGAUUACGUCCUUAUGGGGGAGCACGUCACGAAAGCGGCCCGUGGUGUGUACUACGUGACGACGAACUCCAAACCACCGUACGCCCGUGGAUUUCCGGGCAAAAACCGACGAACGGCCAAAACCUCCGAGUACAGCGGGGUGCGGCGGAAGUAGCCCUCGUAGCCUUCGUCUUCAAAAGCUAAUGGUUGUGAUAUUCUCGCGUCGGGACGGGUGUUUGAGUGGCCCAAGUAUUAACCGUACCCUGUACCAUCUCGCCAUCACCGAGGGCAGCAUCAGCAUUACCAAUAUGUGUUUUAAAAUAUUAACCCGCGUUCAGUAACCCUGACCCGGGGGCAAACGGGUGCACACCAAACGGAGUGUUAGGAAAUGGUAGUUGAGCCAGCGAGAUGGUUAGCAUAUUAGCAGCGAAAGGUUACAUUAGCCGCUAGCUGUAGCUUUAGUAGCGCGGUCAACGGAUCGAGCAUAUCGAGCUUCUUUCGCAAAUCGCACCCAGCGUCAGGCCAAACGACAAUAGAUGCAAUAAUCACUGCUCCACUAGUUCAUUAGGUGCCGGCGCAAAGGAUUAACGCAACGGCGUGCCGUUCGUUCGGCUGGCUUCGCUUUAUUAGUCUCAUCUCAUGAUACGCAGCUUGUAGAAACGAAGUCCCGAACCGGAUCGCGGUAGUAGCGGUUAGUGUAGGCACAUUGCUAGGGUAGCUUCGGUGGGGUUCUCUUUCGAACGGAUGUCAAA